AUUAUUAAUAAUAUUUGUUGCUAACUUUUGCGUAUCCGUGACCUUAUUUCGAAAGCGGUACAUUGAUAUACCGUUAGACGGGGCGCGUGGCCGUCCCUGAGUGUUACCUCAAGAGUGUCGUGAGUUCGAGAGGGCCGCGCAACCCCUCCUCUCGCGUUUUUCCUGGCAGUGGUGGAAGGAGUCGGGAGCGGGAGUGCGCUUGGUUUACAGCCGGUAUUUGGAGGGGAUCCUACGGUUGGUGGGGAUGCGUAUCGAGAUGGACACGCAAUCGGGUCGAAGGAAUUGUGAGGAAGAUUCUGAGAUGAAUUGGAAUGCAGCAUUUUCAGCCAUGGGUGGUGGCACACAUUUUGUAACAACAGGUGGCCAGCUGCCUGUCACUAAAAUUCAACAGAAUCCUAAUAAUGGAACUCAGUUGUCACAGGUGGUGGGCAUGGUUGGAGGAGUAAAUAUGGGCGAAGGCGUACAAUAUGUUCGCACACUAGACGGCACUCAAUUGCAGACCACACCACAGCUGAUUUCUGUACCCAUAACUCUACCUGGGACAAAACCAGGUGACCCACAACCAACAGUUCAGAUUCAAGUAUUGGCUCCGAGUUUGAUACAGCAACCUCAACCCAAAUAUCAAAUGCAAAUACCUAUACAGGGAUUUCAACAAGGGGGUGCCGUUCUCACGGUGGCGUAUUCACCGGAAGCGAAUGAUAGCGGUAUACAGCUACUAGGAAACGGCUUGCCUGACGGUACCUUCAGGAUAAGACCAGGUUUGCAAGUGGUCGCUGCUCUGCCACAGGACAUGCAAUUAGUGCAAGACAAUAAGGAUCAAGUGCAACAAGCUAUGCAACAACAACAGAUGUAUCUGACGCAAAACCAGCAAAUUGUGAUCAACAAUCCAGAAGAUGUCAAGCCCAACAUUAACACAAGUAACAAUAACAAUGAAGGGGACAUUGUCAUCAAGGAGGAGGAGUGUGAUGAUGAAGACUCUCAAAGCACCCAGAAUAGUGAUCGACCACAAGAUAUUUUUAUGUCGCAUCCGGAUAUUGUGAAAUAUGUUUAUUCACUACCAGGCCAGCAAACACAAGGGCUCCCAGUUUCUCUACAACAAUUUUUACGCCUGAAUCCCACCGAAGUCAAAAAGAGUGUAGAAAAAAUGGAAACAGAAAUCACAAUCGUCAAUGAAAACACCUCUGAACCAGUUGGAAAUGACGAAAUCCUAUUGGAAGAUACUCGUACAAAGAAAAAGAAGAAAUACAAGAAAAAGCCAACCCGUCCCGCUAGGCCAAAGCCCGGUCAGGUCAUAAUCGCGACGGCUGCGGACGGGUCACCCAUCUAUUGUUGCCCCGAGUGUCAGAAUGCUUACCCUGAGAAGGAGCAACUUGAGAUGCACUUAAGUGUUCACCAGAUUGAGCGGCGGUUUAUUUGCGGGAUAUGUGGGGCUGGGUUAAAGCGAAAAGAGCACUUGGAGCGUCAUAAACUUGGGCACAACCCUGAAAGACCUUACGUGUGCGGCGUUUGUGGGAAAGGCUUCAAGAGAAGGGAACAUUUGAAUCUUCAUGUGGUCAUUCAUUCGGGAGUCAAGAGCGAACGCUGUGGAGAAUGCGGGAAAGGAUUCUACCGCAAAGAUCACCUACGCAAACAUACGCGUUCUCACGAAACCAAACGUGCAAAAGACGAGGCCAAAGAGGAUGGCAAUAAUGAAUUGUUUGAAUAUGAAGUCAAACAGGAAGCCGUCAGUGUCAGUCCCGGAAACGGAAAUACGAUACUUCCUGAGAUUACUAUACAUGUUCCGACAAGUGCGAACAUGCAAGUGCCCGUACAAAUUAACAUACCCCAGCACGUGAUGUCAUCCCUGGCCGCGGCUCAGAGAUCCGGAGCUAACGGAGGCAAUGGAGCAAGUGGGACGGGUGGAAACAGUUCCAAUAUGAACAAUGGUCCAAUAUGCACAGAGGCCCAAUUAGACGCCAUAUUGGCCCAGCAUACGUGACAUGAGACUGAUAACGAAAGUGACUCCGACGUCGGCGUGUGAGUGACAUAGUACCUGUGAAGCGUUUCCAUGGAAACGCUAUUUAGAUAAGUCACAAUCUGCGGAUGUAGAAAAAAACAGGGCUAUUCUUAAAGUUUUUUCUGAACUGGACGGAUAAUUUCUAGCAAUUGUAAUUACAGAAAACUACAAAUUCCAGUAUAAAAUUUAUGUUCCGACUUUUUUUUAACUAUAAGCCACCAUAAGCUUACUAUAAACAUUAAUUAGUUAUUGAUUGUUUAGUCCUUAUUCUAGUAACACUUUACUUAAAUUGUUAUAAGAUUCAACUAAUUGACGCUUAUAGUACGUUUCUGUCUUAAGAAUUAUAGAAUUAUCACAGUUUAGUUAUAACAUCCGUAUAUUUUUUUAGUGCUACGUUUGCAGAAUAUGUAAUAUAAGAUGAAAUAAAUACUCCACUUUAGGUUAUUUCUAAUUAAGGUAAAUCGUGAUUUUAUAAUGUAUAUUUAGGUAAGGAAAAUGAAAGCUCUUGACGUACUAGACGCGUUAUUUUUCGAAUUUCGAGGUUAAGUUUUACCUUCAUAGUAGUUCCUUGUGUAUUUUUAAUAUUUUGGCACAUAACCCCUCUAGCCAAAAUGUCUAAAACCUACUUACUGACAGUUUAGUCAAACAGUAACAUUUUUUUGUUCGGGAGUUAGUAAUAGCCUGACUUAUGCUAAGUGUGAGAUUAAGAGACGAGACUGAGCGCUACGAAUACGUGAAUUUCUCAACGUAUGUAUACGUAUACGCGUCUGGUACGCCACGGUAUGAGCAAGAAAUAUCACAGUAUCACUUCCAUUAUCCGUUUUCACAAUCUGUUUAACCUUUUUUGCACUAAAUCACAUUGACAACAAAUAUAAAAAGGACAUCCAUCCUUUUAUGAAAUUGGCUCCGAAUAUGAUGUCAAACGAGACAAACAAUAUUUGAUUGAAAAUAUUUCUCUUGUGCUUGUUUGGUGCAGAACACAUUUACCCCCUUAUAAUUAGCAGGCCUAUCUUAAUUCCCUUGGCCCGUGGCGUGGCAAAAGUAGUACAUACAAUAUUUUAAAUAGAUCAUUGUGUUAAAUUUAUUGCGCAUAAAAAAGCUUUUAUGUAUCUUUAUACAUUCUCCGUCCAUUUGUAUUUUUCAUUUGACGGUCCCCCUUGUCAGUAGUUGUAGUAUUCAGGAGAUUUUUAUGCGAUUAAGAGAAUAUUUACUAAAUAUCUCGGGUUAUAAGUACACGUAAGUGACAUUCUGGGUGCCAUGCAAAUUAUCGCCUUUAAAUCGAUUCCAAUGCACGAUGUAUUUCGGAACAAAAUAAAUAACGUAGUACUUUAAUGUCAUAUUUAGUAUACUUUUUUUUUCCUUUCUCGUUCUGCACGGUUUGUGCGUCAGCCAUGCAAGAAAGUUAGGAGGUGUGUUAUUAGAUUUAUUUUUUGGGUUUGGAAAUUGGAUCGGAAUUUGGAUUUAGUAUACUUGUAAAUAACGACUAUUAUAUUGUUUUGUUUUUAUUUGCGUUUUCGUAGCUAAAAAUGGCGAAUUCUUGCCGUGUUUCGCAAUUAUGAAAUUGAUUCUUGUCCUAGAUGUCAAUAAAUACAUUCUUGUACCGCUACAAACUCAUCUCUCACUGUGGUUGAACUAAAGCUUUUCACAUGCGUCGGCGAACCCAUACGCUAUCGAAAGAGAUUGUAGGUGGAGACAAAAAUAGCUUGCCUAAAGAUUUUCCGAUCGGAAAGUUCAUGCCAUUCGUAAAUUCGUAGUUAUAUUUGUUGCAUUCAUCACAAUCAGCUUUAAAAUAUUUAUAUAUAUUUUUGUACUUAAGUUUGCAUGGAAUUGUUGCUUAGAUGACCACCAAGGUGCUCUAUUUAGAUAUUUUCGUUUGUAAGUUGUAAAUUUUUAGUAUAUUUAGUGAUUCCAUUAGACCUAAUGUCAUAUUUGAGUUUUUUAGAAAAUUGUCUAAAUCGAAUAUUUUUUGUACCUUUUUUACCAGUUAAGAUUAUACUUUAAAUCAUGUAGUUAAAAGUAUUAUAAAUGUUAAGGUGCGAUGAACUUCAGUUGUUCCCUUUGUACU